AGACCGGGCGGCUGUGACGUCAUGCUUGGCGGCGUGGCCCGCGAUUGGCGGUUGCCUUCCUUGGCCGACGGACCCGCAGGACGGCAUCAGUGGCCAAAGGACUGAAUGGAUAUUGAAGCUGCCUGUGGGCCCCGGAGGGAUGGUUGGCUAUGACCCAGAUUCCAAGUGCUCAUCCCUUUCUACGGUGGAAAUCGCAGCAGGUGGAUCCGCAUCUGGGUUGGUCACUCGAGCACUUAUUAGCCCCUUUGAUGUCUUGAAGAUCCGUUUUCAGCUUCAGAUAGAGCAACUGUCAUCCAGAAACCCACAGGCCAAGUAUCAUGGUAUUUGGCAGGCAUUUUGGACAAUUCAAAAAGAGGAAGGGCCAAGAGCUUUCUGGAAGGGCCACGUCCCUGCUCAGCUCCUCUCAAUAUGCUAUGGAGCUGUCCAAUUCGUAAGCUUUGAACUUCUGACGAAGUUGGUGCACCAUGCCACAUCUUACGAUGCUCGUGACUUCGGCGUGCACUUUGUUUGUGGUGGAGUGUCUGCUUGUGCUGCCACUGUGACAGUUCAGCCUCUGGACACACUGCGCACCCGCCUUGCUGCCCAGGGGGAGCCAAAGAUUUACAGGAAUCUCCGCCAUGCUGUGGUAAGCAUGUAUCAAAGAGAAGGGCUGCGGACAUUUUAUAGGGGGCUCACUCCUACCGUCAUUGCUGUUGUCCCCUAUGCUGGCUUCCAGUUUUCUUUUUAUGGUCUUUUGAAGAAUCUGUAUAACUGGAUUGUCCCAAGUGAAGAAAUGAAAAAAGGAAAUAUUAAAAACUUUGUGUGUGGAAGCUGUGCUGGCGUCCUCAGCAAAACCCUCACUUAUCCUUUUGACCUGUUCAAGAAACGGCUGCAGGUGGGCGGCUUUGAACAAGCCCGUGCAUCUUUUGGGCAGGUGCGGACUUAUGCGGGUUUGUUGGACUGCGCCCAACAGAUUGCACGGGAUGAAGGCCCCCGGGGAUUCUUCAAGGGCCUUUCCCCAAGCUUGCUGAAAGCUGCUUUUUCAACAGGCUUCACCUUUUUCUGGUAUGAGUUCUUUUGCAGCCUCCUUAGCACCCUGAAGGAUUCAGGUGCCUUAAAGAUGCCGAAAGGCUGAUGCCCACAAGAGUCUUGGCCUGCAAUACUUCUUGCUGAAAUGUUCUAUCAGCCUUGCCAUUGUAUGCGGAGGGAGUGCAGAAAGGGUUGCAGAGCUGCUUUUGUCUUUUUUGUCAAAGCCCCAAAUGCAUAUUUCUUAUCCAUUUGGCGCAUACAGAAGGAGCUUGCGACAUUGUGGGCCUGUCCUUUCUGCCAACAACUUCUGCCCUGUGCACUUCCUCUUCUUUCUCCUGUGGAACAAGCCUGGAUUCCUGGAGGAGUUGUACCAAUAUCAAAGUGAGCAACCUCUAAUGCUAUAAAGUUUGCUCAAAUGAUGGGGAAAGUUCUUGCGCUGUUGGUCUCUUUUCCCCAGUCCCUUUACUGGAACUAUUCUAACUUUCCCCCCACCCUAAAGACACUGCGCCUCCAAAAUUUGCUGACCAAGCUUCUCCAAGACUGACAAUAAGCCAGGAGUGCACAUUUCUUUGCUGGAAGUGUCAUCUUAAUAGUAUGGUGCAUUCAGUUCAGGGAAUGAAAGCGUAGUGCCUCAAACUGGACUGUGUCAGAUUUUGACCCCUGUUUAAGGCCCAUGGUCUUAAAAGGCAUUGUGACACCCUAGUGUUUUUCCAGUGGUGGAGCCCACUGUGUAAAACAAAAACAAAUAGACUAAAUAGCAUGCUACUAAAGAAAGGAAAGCCUACAAAGCUUUCUUUCAGAUGUAUCCAGCUAUGACUAGUGGGAGUGGCACUACAUCCACUGCCUAUUUGUCUUCUGUGCCAACAGUCGCAUUACUGUUUGUAUUUUACUUGCACACCUAGACACACUCAUGCCUCUGUACUGUUACUGCCUGUGAAAUGGCAGAAGCUAACAUUGUAGUUAUGCAGCAGACCCAGAAACAAGCUGUUUUUCAUUUUUACAACACUGCACUGCUAUCUUAAUGCACAAUUGAUGAAUCUAUCUUGAGAUAGUGGCCUUUGGAACAUGUUGGUUCUUCUGGUUUUGUUCAAUAAUGCAAAAAAGGCCUAUCAAUGUUAAAAUACACGAACUGUAAUUUUCUAACUUUGAGUCUCUUUAAUCAAUAUUUGUAUAUUGAUUACUAUAUAUUUACAACCCCUGGAAUAAAUUUCAUCCCAAUGCAGGUAAAACAGAUACUUUAUUUGGAGCAAAUAUUGUGGAGACAGAGAACUAAUCUGGUACAUUUGCCUGCUGUUCUUAUGUAUAAAGCAGCGUGCAAGUACAGUCAGCCACCCACAUUUGCUGGGGCUAGGGGCACAGGACCCUCAUGAAAGUGGAAAAUCACAAAUAACAAACACUUUUAAAAACCCUGAGAUAAUACUUCUCUAUGAAUCUAUAGUUCAUUGAAAUUUUGGUCAACAUCUGCCAGAAGUUGACCAUAGAAUUCUGCUGCAGGAUCUAGAAAUGAACUAUAUUAAUUAAAUCCAUUAAUAAUCAAAGCUGCAAAAGUCAAAGACGCAAAUGUGGGGGCUGACUGUAGAAUUAGCCCGGAAACAUGCUGGUCAAUUCCUAUUGUACUUUUGGAAUGGCACAGAGGAGUAAUUUGGGCAUACAGGGUUUUUGUUUACAUAUAGAAAGGCUAUGUUGUAAUAAAUUAGAUAUGGCUGUGCUUUUGAAGCUUGGUUUGCUAUUGAAAUUAGAAGCGGUUGUCCUCUUUCAGGACUUCACCACACCAGCCUUAUGUCUCUCAACAAUCAUGUUGUGGAAGCAAACAGGGACAACACAACAGCUCAAAAAUCAUCACCGAUGAUUGUGCUAUUAUGCCCCUGCCUUUUGUUUCUCAUCUCCUGGUCUUCUCCUUUCCUGACUUACCUUUUAACAUUACCCCUUGCUCUCCCUUUCCACAGGCUUUGCAGAAUGGCCCUGAAAAAAAUGUUUUAUGAUAGGAACGGGUGUGGAUUCCUUUCUUUUUCUCUCUUUAUUUAAAUACUUCUUACUCUGUUUGAGAGUAUAGUUACAGUCCUGUUACAGUUCUGCAGGGGAGGAGAGUGGCGACUAACCCAAAGGGAAAGGGGUGUAAGAUUAAAUGGAGGGAUAUUUCCUGGGAUAGGGAAGGAGAGAAAUCAGAGCUAACUUUACUCAGCCUCUCUCUUCCUUCCCUGGGGCUCACCAACCUCAGUCUGCUUAGGAAGAGUAUAGGGAGCGAAUCAAGCCCUCUCAAGCUGCAAAACAGAAAACUAUCAAUGAGUUGUUCUCAUCAAUUAAAAAAAUGCACUCCAUCAAUGAUUUAAAUGCAAAAUAACAAUGGGAGAGGCACACUUUCAUAUCAUAAGAACUAGCUACAGAUGCUCGCUGCAAUUGCAAUUUAGUAGCCUCAUGAUAAAGCCCUCAGCCUUUUCCCCUCCCUCCAUUGCCUACGCCUUGUCAUUAUUCAAAAUAAUCUUGUGCCUUAUAUUAAUCACAUAUCCAGAUACAGAUUAUUCAGCAGCACUUUAUGCCUAAUAUAUCCAGUGUCACCUUUUGAUUUCUUGCAGAGAAAGUAUCUUAUAGGACCAUAUCUAUCACAGUACUUGUUGGGAACCCUUGAUGUGUAGGGAAGAAACACAAGAGAGAAACAGUUCAGGGUUAAUGACUCUGGUGACUUUUAUUUUUUGACUCUCAUUGUUUUAUUAGAGUCUAAUCCAUUAUGGUUUUUCCAUUUUUCAUAUGAAGAGUUAUUUUUCAAGGGCAGGACCUAUAAGGAUUUGGACCAGCCUGUAUGAAACACAUGUUUCUGCUAGAAAAAUAAAUAAAUAAAUAAAUGUAUUUAAUGUGAA